AUGAAUAAGAAGGAGAGAAGCAAAAACAAGGUGACAAAGAAGUCUACCCCGAUGACUAACAUCAACAAGGAAAGGGUGGAAAGAGCAAUCAACUUGAGCGAAAGACUCGAAGGCAAGAUCUCAAAGAGCAAGCAGAGGGCAAAGAUGGUGCAGACCACCAGAAAGGCCAACUGGGACGUGAUCAACUCCGAGGUCAAGAUCCACACGGAAACCCUUGAAGCCGCCACCGACGAUAAGGACAGUGAAAAGCUCCAAGAGGACUCAAUGGUUGAUGAUUUCUACGAGGUUGAGAAGCCAAAGAUCCAAACCGCUAAGAACGCAUUCGCGCUAUUGGACGAAGUUGAGCUAUGA